CCUCUACAUAAGUUAUCGAUUGGAAGUCGCUUUUGGUUGCGUGGAUAAAAACCUUUUGUUUUUCUUAUUCCAAUAGAUAAAACCCUUUUCAACCAUGGUAACUGGUGAUCCGGGUGCUGUAAAACCCCCAAAUACGGCGGCUUCAGAUGAUGACGAUUACACCGCAUCCAUGUCGCACCUAACCAUUGGCCAGCAGAUCCAGGAGUUGUCAAAGCAACUGCAGAAUACCAAAGAGGAACUGCACCAGCAGGUGCGGGAUAAACACGGGGCACUUCUUCAGCAGGCCACCCACGCAGGACGCUUCGAUGCAGCUCUAAAUACGCUGGCUGAGGAUGUGCAACGAGUUAGGGAGACGGGUCAUCGGCUGAAGAGCCAGGUGGACUCGCAAUACCAGCAGGUGGAGAACCAAACGCAGGUGCUCGGUCGCUUGCAUGAUGUCAGCCACCUUCUUCGCUCGGCUGGAACACUGCUGACCCUAACGGCCAAGUUGAAGGGGACCAAGGAUGUCCUGCGGCAGGCAGAACUGCACUUUGAGCUGGGACAACUCAUCGAGGACAAGGAGCUCAAGGACAUUGAAUUUAUUCAGCAAGAUCGUGCUUAUGUCAUGAGUUCGGGUCAGAAAAUAAGAAAUCUCACGCAGAUGCAGCUGGUAACUGGCCUCCAGGAGCGCAAUCAAAACCAAGUAGUUAAUGCUUUGAAGAUCUUCAUGAACUUCAAUACCCUGGAAAAAUCCCUAGAGAACCUACUCGCGACCUUUAUCGCCGACAUGGACCAAUCGCUCAAGGAGUGUUUUGCCGGCAAUGACAUCUCCGUGCUAAACAAGUCACCCACGCAUAACGUCAGCAAACCAACUCCCUCGAGGGGACCAGGGAAAACUCCCCAGUUGACAACCACCCAGAAUUUUCGAGCCAAGUUCUGGAAAUCUGUGGACUGGCUGCUUUAUGAUGAACUCUUCGAGACGUGCACACAGAUCAAGCUGCUUAAGACGGCUCUGGAACACAUCAACCAAUUUGGUUAUACAUCAGAGUCAUCGGAUCAGUGUAUCCCACAGCGUUUUUGGCAGCAAGUUCAGCAGCUUCUCCGGAAGUCCUUUGACGAAUGUCCCCAGCAUGUAACUCAGACGCUCCAAGAAGGGCUAUCGAAGCUUCUCACAUCCGCUCGUGGCUUGGAACAGCGCCUGAAUGGCGAGUUUCAAUUUGACAAUGAGCUAUUCGCUCCUCUGGAAGUGGGUUACGUUAGCAAGUGUGCUGCCAACUUCAAGGCUUGUUUGGCGGGAGUGGAUUUGCCUGGCAACGAAACCGUGGAUAACUUUAUUCGUGUAGCUUCCACCGAAUUGAGCGCUGCUUUGAUCGACUCACGUCUCACCAAUUCCAUAGCGAAUGUUUUCGUUGCUUGUGGAAAGGAAUUGUGUACAAAACUAGAGGCUCAAAUUAAACUGGGAGCUGAUUCCAAGCAAGUUGUGGAUCUGCCCAACUUGCAGCAGCAGCAAAACACACAGUUGGCGAAUGUCCUUUACUACUAUAAGGAUUCAGUGCGUCGCAUGCUCAGCGAUCUUCAAGUGCAGUUUGAGAAAACUCCGGGAACAGCUAGGGAGUGUAUAUCUCGCUCCCUGGAGCAGGCUGAUCUGCUGAUUGGAACUAUUCUGCAACAAAUCAUGGAGUCGAUCAUUACGACCAUUAGCAUCAUCAUAUUGAGUAUGCACAGGGAGCCAGGAUUGAACACAGAAAGGCUCUCCACGACGGGUCCCUCGAUGUACAUGAAGGAACUGCAGGAGUUUGUCAAUCGGUCCUGGUCGCAUCACAUAGCUCUGUUUGAUGACAAACAGAUGACUACGAAAUGUGGUCACGAGCUAGCAAAGCGAUGUAUCGAGUUGUUCCUUCACAACGUCUGCAUACUGCGUCCAUUGAGUGCUGCGGGAAGACAGCGUUUGAAGCAGGACUGCCAACACAUGGAGCAAGCUUUGAAACCUCUUUGUCCCAAUCUCGCCGAGCUUGGCAAGCCUUCUCGUCUGCUAAGGGCCAUGUCCCUGCUGAUCGUUCAAACGGCCCAAGAGCUGGUUAAGCAGACGAUCGGGGAGGAUUCCCUUGUACCCAGUUAUAUUGUGUUGCUGCUGCUCUUUGGACACGCUGGAGCGGACCUGCAGUCACCACAUACCACGGCAAACUGGUCCAACGAACGUCUGAUUGAAUGGCUGGAUGGACACACGGCGGAACGCGAAAAGCUGGAGCUGAUCUCGGGGGCAUUGCAGCGGUAUCGGGAUAAUGCCAGACGUAAGAAUAUCCAGCAAUACGACGAAGUGUAUCCCAUGAUGGUGGAGUAUUUCGAACAGGCCUUAAAGGCAAUUCCAUAAAUAUUAAAUUUUAUUUCUAACUAGAACUAUGUAAAAGUUUUACUUUAUUUAUAAUAUACAUAACAAGUCCAAGAUUUUCAAUUUGACGAAAAAAAAAAUCAAUUUAUAUUUACAAAAAUUAGUUUCAAUUAACAA